AUGUCCUCCUGCGGGCGUAGGAACAUCCCGUUCGAGCCCAGUCGCAUCAUCGGGGGCGUGCCGACGUACCCCCAAGAAUACCCAUGGCAAGUGGGCAUCACCAAACCUCUGCACAUGAGGCCUUACUGUGGGGGGACUAUUAUCUCUGAUACGUGGAUCCUCACAGCUGCCCACUGCAAUGUCCAAGUUGAUGACGUGGUGUUGAUCGGAGCCCACAACUGGUGCCAGUGCCAACCGCCUCCUCUACGCAUCCCGGUCAAGCAGGUGUACAACAGCCCACACUACAACCAGUCCACCCGAGACAGUGACAUCGCUCUCCUCGAAGUCUCCCGCGAGAUUCCCUUCCCGGUGGACAACAGCAUCGCCCCGGUUUGUCUUCCUGACCGGUUCUUCUACAACGAGAACGUGAGCGCCAUCGUCACCGGCUGGGGCGUUACUUAUCCCGAGGGCAAGCGCUCGUGUGUGCUUCGCGACGCGGAUAUCCCGACCAUGAGCGACGCCGCGUGCAGACACUGGUGGCCGGGGAAAAUCACCGCCAGCAUGAUGUGUGCGGGGAUCGACGUCAAGGGAACGUGCUCGUUCGACGUCGGAGGGCCCCUCGUGAGCGGCCCGACCGACGGGGCCGGGCCGUUCGUGCAGGUCGGUGUGACGUCAUGGUGGGCUGCCAUGUGCGAUCGCCCUCAGGUCUUCACGCGGGUUAUGGAAUUCCUCCCCUGGAUAAAGACAACUUCUGGCAACGAAUCUAACUCCUGUUUGCCGUGGGCUUUAAAAUGAACACAUCACCUGCAGUAGAAGUUAGAACCAGCUGCCUGAUGAAAACCAGCUGUUUCCUUAGUUCUAGCCGUCUUUUCGGAACUGCAUGUUACUUUACAACCAUCUGAUUCCUCGACAUUCUUAUAACAAAACCAUCUUUCUUUUUAAAACCAUCUUUCUGCUUGGAAUCAUCUUUCUCCUAAGAACUAUAUUCCUCUUAAAAAAAAUCUGUCUCCUUGGAAUCGAAUUAUCUUUCUCUUUUGUAUCCUCUUUCUUGUCAUUAACCACCUGUCUCCUCACAAUCA